GGCAAAGUUUGCAGCUUCAGACACAUGGACACAUGGAAACACUGCUCACGCAGUUUACUUUUUUAACCAUUUGAUCCCAGCCAAUCACAGUUUAGCUGUUCACGCAUCUCACUCCUUGAGGUUUAGUUAUAAAAAAUCUUUGGUGAGAUCGCUUACUGAGUGAGGGUGACCAACUGAAGAGUGGCUCCAAACUUUUCUACAACUGUUUUUGUGUGCGUUCAGAUACUACUUUCUCCCUCUUCUCUCUAUUCCUUAUCUUCUAUCCUCCUAGCGCCAUGUCGAACGAGGAGCGGACUUUCAUUGCCAUCAAGCCAGACGGAGUUCAGAGGAGGCUUGUCGGAGAAAUCAUCAAGAGAUUUGAGCUAAAGGGCUUCAAAAUGGUGGGGAUGAAAUUCGUCCAGGCCCCGGAGUCUCUGCUGAGGGAGCACUACGCUGAUCUAGAGGACAGACCUUUCUUCCCAGGCCUCGUCAGCUACAUGACUUCAGGACCAGUGGUGGCCAUGGUGUGGGAAGGGUUCAACGUGGUGAAGACCGGCAGAGUAAUGCUGGGAGAGACCAACCCUGCGGACUCCAAACCCGGCACCAUCCGAGGGGACUACUGCAUCCAAGUGGGCAGGAACAUCAUCCAUGGCAGUGACUCCAUAGAGAGUGCCAACACAGAGAUCAACCUGUGGUUCAAACCUGAGGAGCUUUGCAGCUACACUAGCUGCUCUACCAGCUGGCUCUACUGAUCUAGGAUCAGUUUACCAUCCACAAACCCUAACCAUUAGGACUAGGAGGGGGAAUGUAAAACUGGUCUUAGAUCAGAGACAACUUCAUCCUACUCUAGCUGGCGACUGAGGACCAUUUACUAUGGUAAAUGUGUGUUUGACUGUCUGUUUUGUUCAACUGAGCUUUCCAAUAAAAAAAGUCACAACCCCA